CGAAUUCUCCAGCAUCAUGGUUGUGGGUGCGUUUCCAGCCGCCAAGCUUGGCGUACUUGCCAUGAAGCAAAUUUCCAAACCGAUAGCAAAUUUGCUGAAAGAGCGUGCGAAAAACAGUCCCUUCUUUCGGAAGUAUGUUUGCAUGCCACCGGCACAGUUUUACAACUGGAUGGAGGUGAAAACGAAAAUGUGGGCCCUGAAUCUCGGCAAACCUACCACCGUGCCCGUGCUGAACGAGGCGAUGGCGAUCGAGCUGGGUGCGAAUUUGCUGGGAGAGAUCAUCAUCUUCACGAUAGGUGCCGGAUUACUCCUGCUGGAAUAUCAAAGACAGGUGCGCAAAGAAGCCAACAAAGAGGAAAUGAUGCUACAGGAAAAGCUCGAGCUGCAGGCAACAAUAAACGAGCUAAACUUUCAGGUACAACGCUUAGACACGCAGCUGCGAGAGGUGGCACGAGUAACGGCCGAUCUGGAAUCAAAGUCAUCGUGGAAACCGAAAAUACUAGACGAGUUACCAUUCGGUAACAAGAAGAACAAAAGUGAACAGGCGCUCUAUAUUCCCGCCACACCUGACCGGAAGGAUCUUUCCGCCGCCAGUGGUAAUAGAGGUCUCAUUUCCAAUGCGUUGGAGAUUAUCGAUAAUGAAGUUUUUUAUAGGGACAGCUCAGCGGACGGGUUUGAAGACGAAUACUCAGACCAGCGCCGGCCGGGCCUAGUCACGCGUAGUUUAAAUUAUCUACUAGCAGCCAACACUAGAUCAACGAAAGCGACUGAAAGACAAGUAUAG